AUGGCUGCUGUUCGACGGCUCAUCAAAUCAUUAAGCGAAGCUAAUGAAGAGGAUAAGGAUGAUACCUUGUUAAGGGUUCGUGGUACUAUGUACAAAUGGACAAACUUUGUAUAUGGCUGGCAAAAACGGUAUUUUGAAUUGGAGAACGGCGUUUUAGUAUAUUACAAAUCGGAAGCCGAAAAGCAAUACGGACGUCGUGGCUCAAUUGCAUUGCACAUUGCACGGCUUGUGGAAAGUGAUAUUGACUUUAAUCGAUUUGAUGUGUUAACGAACGAUUGUUGUUGGUAUUUAAGAACUGAAAAUCCAAAAUUUCGGAAUUUAUGGUUACGUGCUUUAAGAUACCAAAUGUUAGAAUUGAUAAAUAAGAUGGAACAGUUGGAACGUUUCAACGAUAUGAUUGAACGGCAAGCAGUUCGACUGGAAAACUUAAUUCAUACAAUGAAGGAUGACAGAGAAAAUACUAGUGCUACUUCCCUUCUAGAUGAAAGCAUAGCACUGAAUGCUGUAAUUAUUGCCGUACUGCAGAAUAUUAACACAUGCGUUCAUUUACUCGCAAAACAGGGAAAAGUCGGUCAUAAUCAGCGUUACAGCGAGCAUCGCGAGAUCGCACACGAAGUCAUUGUUAGUAACAAUUCACAACGCAUUAUGAUGAAUCAAGCAUCCACGGUAGAUAAUGUUUUAAGUGAUGAUGAUGAACAGGAGUGGCAUGAUGCUCAUGAUAGUACACCCGAAAACAGCGAUAUAAAAGAACCCAGCUUUGCAGUGAACCAAGCAACGUGGAUGCCGAAUUUAGAGUCACUAACCGAGACGAGAGGAACAAAUGAAAAUUUUCCCACUAUUGCUGAAUCACCACCCAAAGAUGUUACUUUGCCUGCAUCAAAUCCAUUUGCAGUAGAAAUCAAUCAAAUUGCGAUGGAACAAUUAAAAUAUGCAAGAUCUAGUAUUUAUGAGGAUGUUUGGCAGUUAUUCAUGGACGAGAAUGAAAUGAAAAUGUAUAGGAGAGAAUUGGAAAUUAAUGGAAUAGUCUGUGAUCCAUUGAAAGCUAUUCAUCUUGUGCAGGGUGUAUCGGCUCGGGAAUACAUCCAUUAUUUCUUCGAACCGCGAUACAAACAUGAAUGGGAUGAAACAUUAGUCAAGACAAAAGUUGUUGAUAGAAUUUCUAUGGAUACUGUUAUAAUACAUCAGCUGCACAAAAGAAUUUGGCCAUCUGCUCAACGGGAAUCCCUGUUUUGGUCAAACGUACGAUAUCUUCCAGAAGAAAAAAGCCCGGAAGCUUUGGAUUUAUAUAUGGUAUGUAAUCACGAUUGCAGUCUUCCAAAUGUACCGCUGCAACAUAAUUCGAAUGUUCGAGUAGGUUUGACUGUAGCGAUGCUAUGUGAAACAGUUGUAAAAAAUGGGCAUAAAAAACCGGUGAGCGAGCUGGGUCGUAACGAUAUUCAAUGCCAAGUGUGUUACUGUGCACAAGUAAAUCCAGGUGGUUGGGUACCGGUAUCAGCAUUGCGAGUUAUUUACAAACGUGAGUAUCCGAAAUUUUUGCAUGGUUUCACUAAAUAUGUGCUUAAUAAGAUUAAAACUCAACCAUUAAUGGUUUAA